AUGCGUUUCUCUUCCACCGCUCUCGUCGCCUUGCUUCUGUCUCCUCUUGCCCUAGCCGCUCCUCCUUCACUUUUCCGCGAUACCUCACAGAUACCAUUAGACACUGAUGGGGACCUCAAAGUCCCCGGUGACAACCCCCUGAUGUACUGCGCCGAUCCAGCGGAGAACCUUCUUCAAAUAGAGAAUGUAGACCUCUCUCCGAACCCACCACUCCCUGGCCAACCUCUGGUCAUCAAAGCCUCCGGCAUCGUGGCCAAGGAGAUCAAAAAGGGAGCUACAGUUCAGUUGCAGGUCACAUAUGGCUUCCUUCAGUUAAUAAACCAGGAGAUGGACCUGUGUGAUCAAACCGAGAAGGUUGGGCUAGACUGUCCACUUGAGAAAGGCAAGAUGGUACUCAAGAAGAGCGUUGAUAUUCCUCCUCAGGUUCCUCCAGUAAGUCAUCCUUUUUGUUGGUCUCCACAAAGAAAGAUAGGCGGAAGACUAAUGCAUAUAUUUUCAAAACAGGGCAAAUAUAUCGUCCGAGCGGAUGUUUCGAGUGCCGAGGGGGAGCCGAUUACCUGUCUUACAGCUACCGUCGUCUUUGAAAUCAAAGUGUAA